CUUAAUGUCACUCAGCAAAUUGAAUUUUAUGGAUUCAAGUUAAAUGUCAGUAGCUUUAAACUUCAACUUUUAGCUUAAAUUUUUUAUUUAGUCAUUCAUAACUCUUCAUUAAAUAAACCAUAUUUUCCACUUUUUCAAAUGUAAAAAGUACAGAUAUAAAUGCAAUAUAUAAAUAAAUAUGCAGUAUAUAUGUGUUAUCAUGAGGGAAUCAAUUAGGAAAAAUUAUCUAACAGAGCUCUGGAGGCAAGGAAAGGAAAGGCAAUAAUCAAAGAAAACAUGAUUGAGAAAUGCUGAUAUAAGCCCACAUAGAGAGUGCAUAAAGAAAGCAAAAGAGAACAUGAAAGUUAAAUAGAGGGGCAUUCAGACAAUUGAAACUAGUAUGUGCCCUACUUAAGGCUAUGCACAAAGUUGCUCUUCAGAGAACCUAGAGCCUAGGGUUCAGAGUCACCCAUCUUAAGAAGCCCAGCAGCAUCUGUAACAUCUACGAUGGCCUUGCCCUUUACUUUACUGAUGGCCCUAGUGCUAUGCAGCUGUUUUCUGGGCUGUGAUCUGCCUCAGACCCACAUCCUGGAUAACAGGAGGACCACAGUCCUCCUGGCUCAAAUGAGGAGAAUCUCUCCUUUCUCCUGUCUGAAGGACAGACAUGACUUUGAAUUUCCCCAGGAGGAGUUUGAUGACAAACCGUUCCAAAAGGCUCAAGCCAACUCUGUCCAUGAGAUGAUCCAGCAGAUCUUCAACCUCUUUAGCACAAAGGACUCAUCUGCUCCUUGGGAUGAGACCCUGCUGCUUGGGAUGAGACUACUGAACUCUAGUUAUGAAUGACUAAAUAAAAACUUUAAUUUAGACAAAUUCUACACUGAACUCUACCAGCAGCUGAAUGAUCUGGAAGCCUGUGUGAUGCAGGAGGUGGAGAUAGAAGAGACUUUCCUAAUGAAUGAGGAUUCCAUACUGACUGUAAGGAAAUACUUCCAAAGAAUCAUUCUCUAUCUCACAGAAAAGAAAUACAGCCCUUGUGCCUGAGAGGUUGUCAGAACAGAAAUCAUGAGAUUCUUCUCUUAACAAAAAACUUGUGAGGAAGAUUGAGGAGGAAGAAAAGAUUCUUAUUUACGUUACAACAGAACAUGA